AUGGCGUCUUCUGAGCGUUUCCACGACAUGUGCGACCCGAGAUUGGAGCCUAAGAAACUCCAAAACCUUCUCUCCGCUGGCUACGGUAACGAAAACGGCGGUUUCCGACGGAAGAAGAGCUUUGGUCAAGGGAAACGGAGGAUGAAUGCUCGAACAAGCAUGGCUCAGCGAGAAGAUGUCAUUCAGAGAACUGUCUAUGUCUCUGAUCUCGAUCAACAGGUCACUGAAGAGCAGCUUGCUGGUUUGUUUGUGAACUGUGGGCAGGUUGUUGACUGCCGCAUAUGUGGUGACCCAAACUCAGUCCUACGGUUUGCAUUCAUCGAGUUCACUGAUGAAGAGGGUGUGAUGACUGCUCUGAAUUUAUCCGGGACUAUGUUGGGAUUCUAUCCUGUGAAGGUUUUGCCAUCCAAAACAGCUAUUGCGCCGGUGAAUCCGACGUUCUUACCAAGGACUAAAGAUGAGCGUGAGAUGUAUGCAAGAACUAUCUACUGCACUAACAUUGACAAGAAGGUGACUCAAUCAGACGCGAAGGUCUUCUUCGAAUCCUUGUGUGCAGCUCAGAUCGUUUCUUUACUUCAUAUUCUGUUUGGUUUAACAGUUUAUUAUCACAAAUCAAGAAUCCAGAAAGUUGUAGAAUUGUUCGAGUGGCUUCAUGUACCUCAAUCUCUGAUCUCCUUACAAGACUGUCUAGGUUUUCGAAUACGAAGAAAGAUGCAGUGUCACAUGCUGCGAAAAUUUGUUCAGUUUGUUAAUAGCCCAGAAGUUUUGGAAAGAGUCAAUACAUAUGAUUUGGAGAUGUCACAGUUGAAAGCAGCUCGGACAUUAUAUUCUCAGGGCGAUGGAGGUGUAACGGAUGCAACAAAGAAGGAGCUCUCAAGAGCUAUAGAUUUAAGACUUGAUGCAAUUUAG